GAACUGGGGCCUUCCCGCCAGCGGCUACCACGACGACGCGGAGGCACCUCUCGUCCCGAAACCGACCAGAGGGCAAAGUGUUGGAGACAGUCGGUGUGUUUGAGGUGCCAAAACAGAAUGGAAAAUAUGAGACUGGGCAGCUUUUCCUUCAUAGUGUUUUUGGCUACCGAGGUGUUGUCCUGUUUCCCUGGCAGGCCAGACUAUAUGACCGGGAUGUGGCUUCUGCAGCUCCAGAAAAAACAGAGAACCCUGCUGGCCACGGCUCUAAGGAGGUGAAAGGCAAAACUCACACUUAUUACCAGUCUCAGAGAUCUCAGACAGAAGCUGUGACUUUCUUGGCUAACCAUGAUGACAGCCGGGCCCUCUAUGCGAUCCCAGGUCUGGACUAUGUCAGCCAUGAAGACAUCCUCCCCUAUACCUCUACUGAUCAGGUUCCCAUCCAACAUGAGCUCUUUGAAAGAUUUCUUCUGUAUGACCAGACAAAAGUACCCCCUUUUGUGGCUCGAGAGACGCUACGGGCCUGGCAAGAGAAGAAUCACCCCUGGCUGGAGCUCUCUGAUGUGCACCGGGAAACAACUGAGAAUAUCCGUGUGACCGUCAUCCCCUUCUAUAUGGGCAUGAGGGAAGCCCAGAAUUCCCAUGUCUACUGGUGGCGCUACUGUAUCCGCUUGGAGAACCUUGACAGUGACGUGGUACAGCUCCGGGAGCGGCACUGGAGGAUAUUCAGUCUCUCUGGCACCCUAGAGACCGUGCGAGGCCGAGGGGUGGUGGGCAGGGAGCCAGUGUUAUCCAAGGAGCAGCCUGCGUUCCAGUAUAGCAGUCAUGUCUCGCUGCAAGCUUCAAGUGGGCACAUGUGGGGUACGUUCCGCUUCGAGAGACCUGAUGGCUCCCACUUUGAUGUUCGAAUCCCUCCCUUCUCCCUGGAAAGCAAUAAAGAUGAGAAGACACCACCCUCAGGCCUUCACUGGUAGGCCAGCGGAGGCCAAGUACCCAGGCUUGGCCCCUGGAAGAACAGCUCUCAUCCCACGACUGCUGCAGAACUCUUCUCACUCACCAUCAUGGGCCACAGCGGGUCUCUGAAUUUGAUUGUGGGGCUUUUGGGGAAGGGGUGGUGUAACUUUUCUUUAGAGGACCCGUGUAGGAUGCCUCCAAGGCUGGCCUCCUCAUAAGCCCUGCCUGCCAUGUUCCAGUAAACCUUCCCACCAAGGAACUGUGUUCAGCUGUCACAGGCCCUGAGUUUCCUGGCCUGUCACACAGGUUGUCUGGAAUGUGAGGUUUGGCCAAUAAACCAGUGCACGCUUGGCCACCCUUGCCAUUUCUGCCCCUGGAGUCUCAGGUUCCCCUUCUGACCCAGUGGGGGCCCUUGAUUGCUCCCCAAGCUACCCUUCCAAGGAGCUGUCUUCCAUUAGGAUAUGUGCCUGUUUCCCUCUGAGCCUGAAGGCUGGCUGGACGAUCUCCCAGGGUCACUGUGCCUCUCAGCCAGCUUCAGGGUUGGAGUGGCCUGGCUCUCAGCACUGGCCAACCAUUGUCACCUCUGACUUCGCUGGGCCUGAGAGAGGAGUGAGGCAAGCCAGCUGGGUUUCCUGGAGCAGUGCGCUUGCCAGCCGUGAGCGCGAGUCUGUCAAGCAUCCAGACCACAGAUGCAGGAGGAAUUGAGCCGAAGAGCAGCUCUAGGUAUGGACGAUGACUAAGCCAGGCCACUUCCUGAGCCAGAGAUGAAUUGUGCUGCGUUUUGCCCCAGUUCUUAGGAUUUCUUCUCUCCCGCCACUUCAGUGAUUGUUAGAGGUCAUUUUCUUCUUGAACUAACAUUAAAUCUCAGCUCCAGCCUU